ACUAAAUCCACCCUGGGCCCCACUCAUGAUCGCACUGCUCCGCUGAACCCAACCCUAUUUCUCGGGGUCGCUCGCCUCGCCCUCGAAACCCUACGAUUCGCAGAGAUACCGAAGGCCGCUUCUCUCGCAUCUUGUGGAUCGUCUCCUGUGUCCCCCGCUCUCCGAGGUCGUUGUGGUAGCCGCUCCCUCCGUCCUUCUUUCCUGUUCUCAUCUUGCUUCUUGCAACCACCCUAGCGCAAGGGUUCGGAGUUAUCGAGGAAGAUGGCAACCUCUGAGGGCGAGGUCAGCCGGUUGUUUCGGAUCAGACGGACGGUGAUGCAGAUGCUGAGGGACCGAGGAUACCUUGUCGUUGCUGCUAAAGACAUCGACAUAAACAUGCGCCAGUUCUUGGAGAAAUAUGGGGAGAACCCUAAGCGGGAUGAGCUUGUCAUCAAUAAGCAGAAGAAGAACGAUAACAACGAUCAGAUCUAUGUCUUCUUUCCAACUGAAGCAAAGGUUGGUGUAAAACAAAUAAAGCAGUAUGUUGAGCGUAUGAAACAAGAGAACGUGUUUAGAGCAAUAUUAGUCGUUCAACAAAAUCUAACUCCAUUUGCAAGAUCAUCCCUGCAAGAAGCAUCUCAGAAGUAUCAUUUGGAGGUCUUUCAGGAGGCAGAGCUUCUUGUCAAUAUCAAGGACCAUGUACUUGUUCCAGAGCAUCAGGUUCUGACAAGUGAGGAAAAGAAGACAUUACUGGAGCGUUAUACACUGAAGGAAACUCAGCUUCCUCGAAUCCAAGUUACAGAUCCAAUAGCAAGAUAUUAUGGCCUAAAGCGCGGACAGGUCGUAAAGAUCAUCCGACCUAGUGAGACUGCAGGCAGAUAUGUGACCUAUCGAUAUGUUGUAUGAGAUGUUUCAGAUGCCUGCUGCUGUAAAGAUAUGCUGGUACUAUCCAGAUGUGCAAUUUCUAUUUUGUUGUCGGCUGUUAAGUACAACUUUCCUUUGUGGUGCAGCCUAAGGAUUACUUUGGUUAUUAGUUUCCAGUGAUAUGGGAAUGAUGGUUUGCGCA